ACACUUUAAACAGACUCUAGAAGCGUCAAAGCAGGUUUGUAUUGAUGCGGUAGAAUUGCGGGAGCUUGUUUUUAAGUGAAAGAUAUGUUCUAAACUUGGAUUAUAUUUAUAGUGUUGUUCAGUUUGAAUCAGUGGAAAUAUAUUGUGUUUUUCCGUUAUUUAAACACCGAUUCGGUAGCUUUUGUUGAUUAUUUAGUGAACUAGACUAUUUGUACCAAAUAAAUCGGAUUUAAUAGUAGAAGCGCACCCUUCAUUUGUCUGUUUCUCAUUUUCCAGUUCCAAUGACGUGAAAAAGACCUCAAGAUGAGUCUAAAAAUGCUUCAGUUGGCGAUUCUCUCGUCGUUAAUUUGGAUCGGCGCUUCGAAAACAAUAUCAGUUAUACCUCAUGACGCUCACCCAGGAUAUAGCGUCAAAAAGUUCAACCAUUCUGAAAAUCUCAAACUUCUCGAUUCGGAUUUUUCUCAAUUUUUCACAAUGUUGCAAGAUGGAUCCAUAAUGACGACAUCGGAUGUCAGUUCUUUAGUAAAUCAUCCUAUAGAUUUAAUAGUACUCGAAGAUAGAGGUAACGUUUCCACUAAACAUAAACUAGAAUUGUUUGUACUAGAUAGAAGGAACAUGCUCAGUUUUGAUUUCGAUGAAGAGCUUUUAGGGCACAUUCCUGAAAAUUCCCCAUCUGGUACUGUAGUUAGUGGUAUUCCCCUCCUACAAGCUACUAGCGACUUGAAAGUACCUGUUAGUUAUAGUAUUAUUGCUGGAAACAUCGGACAAUCUUUUGAGUUACAAGAUAGCACCACAGGUGAUAUUUUACCGAAUAUAACUAUUACUAAACCCCUAGGAGGGGUGAAUUUAGUUUCAUCGCAAAUACUUGAUCGAGAAGAAACUGGUAGAUACGUUCUUACCAUCCAAGCCGUCGAUCCGAGUGGUAUAAACAAAGCGGUUACUAACGUUGUUAUUGAUAUUGAAGACGAAAACGAUAACAGUCCAGUUUUUACUCAGAAAAUAUAUAGGUUUGUUGUUGGGGACGAUUCACUAGACGGGGAUAACGUAACGAUGAUUUGGAAGCGCUUCUCUUCGGUCGGGAAAGUAGAAGCCACGGACGCGGACGGUGAUAAAGUAGCCUACAGACUUGCUACACCUACUAACUUCCUAGUAAUCGUCCCUCAAACUGGUGAUCUGCUUCUAACUCAAGAACCUAUAGAAGAAAUAGAAUUAGAACUAGUCGUCGAAGCUCACGAUUUACGGACACCAAGCAGAACUUCUCCCAGACCCGCACAAGUAAUCUUCCAUUUCAAACCUACCGAAUCGUCUAAAGUCGACAUAGAUUUGGAUUUUCAACGUUUAGAAGAAGUAGAAUUGCGUCGUAGUAAAAGACGCGUUACUCGCGCUGUAAGGCCAACGAAGAGAAUCGAGUUUACCGAAACCGAUGGCGAAACCGACGGUAGGGUGGUUUUCCAAUUGGAAAAAGAAACUGAUCGCGAGACUUUUAAAAUAAGAGAUGAAAAUCCUUGGGUGACGGUCGAUCCCAAUGGGUCCGUUCGCGUCAAGAAGAAGUGGGAUUACGAAGAAUUGGGUCCGGAGAAGACCAUUGACUUCUGGGUUACUAUCACUAACGCGGAAAAAGGAGAUACAGACAACCAACGCGUGAUUAUCCACGUGCGAGACGUCAACGACGAACCGCCCUAUUUCAUCAACAGACCCUUACCAAUGCAAGCCGUUGUUCAACUUAACGCACCCCCCAAUACGCCUGUUUUUACCCUACAGGCUCGCGACCCCGAUACGGACCACAAUAUUCACUAUUUUAUAGUGAGAGACAGAACUGGAGGAAGGUUUGAGGUUGAUGAACGGUCUGGCGUGGUAAGGACGCGUGGUACUGACCUGUUCCAACUGGAUAUGGAGUACGUUCUAUAUGUAAAAGCGGAAGAUCAAAACGGCCGAUUAGACGAAAGACGAUUUCAAAGUACUCCCGAAGAACGAUUAUCUAUUGUAGGUGGAAAGAGAGCUCCGCAAUUCUACAUGCCAAGUUAUGAAGCGGAAAUACCGGAAAACCAGAAAAAGGAUUCAGAUAUAAUAUCCGUGAAAGCAAAAUCAUUCGCUGAUAGAGAAAUCCGUUACACGUUAAAAGCCCAAGGACAAGGUGCUGGUACAUUCAAUAUAGGCCCUACUUCAGGUAUCGUCAAAUUAGCUAAAGAAUUGGACUUUGAGGAUUUACGUCAACCACAUGUAUAUUCUUUGGUUGUUACUGCUACUGAAGAUUCCGGAGGCUUUUCUACAUCUGUAGAACUAACAAUUAGAGUAACAGAUGUUAACGACAACGCCCCAAAGUUCGAACUACCCGAUUACCAAGCCCAUAACGUGGACGAAGAUCUACCACCGGGUACUAGCAUAUUAAAAGUGAAAGCAAUGGACGCUGACAGCGGUACCAAUGCCGAAAUAGAAUAUUUAGUAUCGGACGAUCACUUCAGCGUCGAUCCAACUGGAAUUAUAUCGAACAACAAACAAUUAGACGCCGACAACAACAACGCUUACUACGAAUUCGUUGUUACCGCCAAAGAUAAAGGAGAACCGGCUAAAACUGGUACUGCUACCGUUCGAGUAUACACUAAGAAUAAAAACGACGAAGAACCAAAAUUUUCACAACAAGUUUAUACUCCGAACGUAGACGAAAACGCCGGGCCGAAUACUCUGGUAACGACCGUGGUAGCUUCGGAUAAAGAUGGUGAUAAUGUUAGGUUCGGUUUUGUUGGUGGUGGUACCAGUUCAGGACAAUUCGUCAUAGAAGAAAUUACAGGGGUGAUUCGUCUGCAUAACAAAGCUAUUUCUUUGGACAGAGAUAAAUACGAACUGAACGUAACUGCCAUGGAUGAUGGCGCUUGUUGUCCUAAUGGAGAUACAACCAUCCACACCAGUACAGCUGUAGUUGUCGUAUUUAUAACUGACGUUAACGACAACAAACCUAUUUUCAAAGAUUGCGGUACUUAUUAUCCUAAAGUCGAAGAAGGAGCUCCUAACGGUUCUCCCGUUAUCAAAGUACACGCUACAGACGAAGAUAAAGGCGUUAACGGACAAGUUAAAUAUUCUAUAGUUCAGCAACCUAACCAGAAAGGCACCAAGUUCACUGUCGAUGAAGAAACUGGAGAAGUUUCGACUAAUAAAGUUUUCGAUAGGGAAGGAGACGAUGGAAAGUUUGUUUCGGUUACUAUAAAAGCGACAGAUCAAGGUGAACCGUCUUUGGAAGGUGUUUGUUCAUUUACCGUGGAAAUCACUGAUGUUAAUGAUAAUCCGCCGUUGUUUGACCGACAGAAAUACGUGGAGAACGUGAAACAAGACGCGAGCAUAGGUACGAACAUAUUGCGUGUAUCAGCUUCAGAUGAAGACGCAGACAAUAAUGGUGCGAUCGUCUAUACUCUAAACGCAGGCUCUAACGCCGCUGAUCUAGAGUAUUUCGAGAUACAACCUGAAUCAGGUUGGAUAGUACUGAAGAAGCCUUUGGACCGCGAGACCUACAAGUUAGAGGCGACUGCCCAAGACAAAGGCUAUCCUCCCCUGUCCCGUUCCGUGGAAGUCCAGAUAGAUGUCGUGGAUCGCGCAAACAACCCUCCCGUAUGGGAUCACACUGUCUACGGCCCCAUCUACAUUAGGGAAAACUUCCCUGUUGGGGCUAAGGUGGUGUCAGUGAAGGCCAGCUCCGGAAUAGAAAAUAAUCCGACAGUGUUUUAUCGACUAAUGCCGGGUUCUACAGCGCAAACCAACAAGUUUCACACGUUUUAUCUGCAACAACGACCCGAUAACGGUUUCACUUGGGCAGACAUCAAAGUUAAUCACCCUUUGGAUUACGAAACCAUUAAAGAGUAUAAUUUAACCAUACGUGUUGAGAAUAACGGCGCUCAGCAAUUGGCCUCUGAAGCUACUGUCUACAUCCAACUGGAAGACGUGAACGAUGAAAUACCUUUGUUUACUGAACGAGAACAAGAAACUGUUCUAGAAGGUGAACCGAUUGGUACGAAAGUUACACAAGUAAACGCGAUCGAUAAGGACGGAACGUUCCCCAAUAAUCAAGUGUACUAUUAUAUAGUAGAUUCGCCGCGUAACGAAGGCAAAGACUUUUUCGAAAUCAACAAAGAAACCGGUGAAGUUUUUACGAAAAUAGUGUUCGAUAGGGAAAAACAAGGAGCAUACGCAUUGGAAAUCGAAGCGAGGGAUGGGGCACCAUCAGCUCGACCUAACAGCGACAAUGAACCCAAUUCAGUGACGAAAUUUAUCCGCAUUGGAAUCGCUGACAAAAACGAUAAUCCUCCUUAUUUUGAUAAGGCUCUUUAUGAAGCGGAAGUUGACGAAAAUGAGGACAUUCAACACACCGUACUUACUGUCACCGCCAAAGAUCACGAUGAAUCCUCCCGUAUUCGAUACGAGAUCACAAGCGGUAACAUAGGAGGUGCGUUCGCUGUUAAAAAUAUGACAGGCGCCAUUUACGUAGCCGGAGCUUUGGAUUACGAGACCAGGAAGAGGUACGAGUUAACGCUGGUGGCUUCAGACAGUUUAAAUGAAAAUUAUACAACUAUAGUCGUCUAUAUAAGAGACAAAAAUGAUUUGCCACCAAUGUUCAACCAUUCCCAGUACAGUCGGAUCAUCGAUGAAGAAUACUCUGGAGAUUAUCCGCUGAAAUUGACGCAGGUAACUGCCACAGACGGAGACAAAGACAGACCACAAAACAUCGUUUAUUUUUUAACGGGACAGGGAAUUGAUCCCGACAAUCCCGCUAACAGCAAAUUCGACAUCAACAGGACCACCGGAGAGAUAUUUGUUUUAAAACCGCUCGAUCGAGAUCAACCCAACGGAAGACCGCAAUGGCGAUUCACAGUUUUCGCUCAAGACGAAGGAGGAGAAGGACUCGUAGGCUACGCCGACGUCCAAGUCAAUCUGAAAGACAUAAACGAUAACGCACCGAUAUUUCCACAAGGAGUAUAUUUCGGUAAUGUUACAGAAAACGGCACAGCCGGAAUGGUGGUAAUGACGAUGACGGCCGUCGACUACGACGACCCCUCCGAAGGCACGAACGCGCGAUUAGUGUAUUCUAUCGAGAAAAACGUCAUUGAAGAAGAAACCGGAUCUCCUAUAUUUGAAAUUGAAUCGGAAACGGGCGUAAUAAAAACAGCGGUGUGCUGUUUAGAUCGAGAAAGAACUCCGGAUUAUUCGAUACAAGUGGUGGCGAUGGACGGUGGAGGGUUGAAAGGGACAGGAACAGCUUCGAUUCGCGUUAAAGAUAUCAACGAUAUGCCGCCGCAGUUUACCAAAGACGAAUGGUUUACGGAAGUUGAUGAAACAGACGGAGCUACGUUACCUGAAAUGCCGAUUCUCACAGUAACCGUACACGAUGAAGACGAAACUAACAAAUUUCAAUAUAAAGUUAUAGAAAAUAGCGGGUAUGGAGCAGAUAAAUUCACAAUGGUGCGAAAUAAUGACGGUACGGGAUCGUUGAAAAUCGUCCAGCCCCUCGAUUACGAGGAUCUCUUACAGAGUAACGGAUUCAGAUUUAGAAUUCAGGUGAACGAUAAAGGUGAAGACAACGAUAACGACAAAUAUCACGUCGCCUAUUCUUGGGUCGUGGUUAGAUUGAGAGACAUAAACGAUAAUAAACCCCAAUUCGAACGUCCGAACAUCGAAGUGUCCGUUUUCGAGAACGCGGAAGUCGGUAAAAGUUUGGAAACUUUCAAAGCCACCGAUCCCGAUCAAGGCGGUAAAAGUAAAGUAUCUUACGCAAUCGACAGGACUUCGGAUAGGAAGCGACAGUUUUCAAUUAAUCAAGAAGGAACUGUGAGUAUACAACGAUCUUUAGAUAGAGAAGACACGCCUAGACAUCAAGUGAAAAUAUUAGCUAUCGAUGACGGUAUACCACCGAAAACGGCUACGGCGACGUUAACGGUUAUCGUCCAGGAUAUUAAUGAUAAUGCGCCGACGUUCUUGAAGGAUUAUAGACCCGUGGUGCCGGAACAUGUUCCUCCCAGAAAAGUUGUUGAAUUAUUGGCGACGGACGACGAUGACAGGUCGAAGAGCAACGGCCCGCCCUUUCAAUUUAGACUCGAUCCCAGUGCCAGUGAUAUCGUCAGGGCUUCGUUUAAAGUCGAACAGGAUCAAAAGGGCGCAAAUGGUGACGGUAUGGCAAUCAUUACAUCACUCAGAUCUUUUGAUCGAGAACAACAAAAAGAAUAUUAUAUUCCUAUUGUUAUUAAAGAUCACGGCAACCCCGCAAUGACAGGUACAAGUACCUUAACUGUCGUAAUAGGGGACGUAAACGACAAUAAAAUGCAACCUGGUUCAAAAGAAAUAUUCGUUUAUAAUUAUCAAGGACAAGCUCCCGAUACGGAAAUCGGUAGAGUAUACGUCUACGACUUAGACGAUUGGGAUCUACCCGAUAAGAAAUUCUAUUGGGAAAGUGUAGAUCAUCCCCGGUUUAAAUUAAAUGAAGAUACUGGUAUGAUUUCAAUGAAACACGGUACCAGAGACGGAGUGUACCAAUUGAGAUUCAGAGUUUAUGAUCGGAAACAUACUCAAACAGACGUAGCGGCAAAUGUGACUGUUACCGUUAAAGAAAUACCGCACGAAGCAGUCGUCAAUUCGGGAUCGGUUCGUAUAGCAGACAUAACAGACGAAGAAUUCAUAAGAAUCUGGGAUUACCAUUCGCAAAGUUUAUCGAAAAGUAUGGCGGAAAAAUUCAGAGAUAAAAUAGCGGAUUUGCUCAAUAUAAAUAGAGAAAACGUGGACGUAUUCAGCGUACAAUUAAGAAGAAAACAUCCGCCCGUAACUGACGUAAGAUUUUCCGCUCACGGUUCGCCGUACUACAAACCGGUACGACUAAACGGAAUAGUACUAAUGCAUAGAGAAGAAAUAGAAAGAGCCGUCGGUAUAAAUAUUACCAUGGUAGGAAUUGACGAGUGUCUGUACGAAAAUCAAAUGUGCGAAGGAUCUUGUACAAAUACUCUAGAUAUAAGUGCCUUACCUUACAUGGUAAACGCAAAUAAAACGGCUCUAGUAGGAGUCCGAGUUGACGUAUUAGCCGAAUGUACUUGCGGCGCAAGAAAUUUCAGUAAAGAAGAAAAUUGUCGAAACACUCCUUGUUAUAACGGAGGAAGAUGUAUAGAAACGAGAUAUUCGUUAUCGUGUUCUUGUCCUGCCGGUUAUAACGGUCCCAGAUGCCAGCAAACUUCUAGAAGCUUCAGAGGAAACGGUUGGGCUUGGUAUCCGGCUUUGGAAAUGUGCGAUAAAUCUCAUUUGCAUUUCGAAUUUAUCACUAGGAAACCCGAUGGAUUGUUGUUGUACAACGGACCGAUCGUACCACCAGAAAAGGACGAAAUAAUGGUUUCGGAUUAUAUAGCCGUCGAAUUAGAACGCGGAUACCCGCGAUUACUACUAGAUUUCGGAUCGGGAACCCUAGAACUUAGAGUAAAAACGAAAAAGACUUUAGAUGACGGCGAAUGGCAUAGAUUGGAUAUAUUUUGGGAUACGGAAAAUGUCAGAAUGGUUGUAGAUUAUUGUAAAUCCGCCGAUAUAUCAGAAAUGGAAGACGGUACUCCUCCCGAAUUCGACGAUAGCAGUUGUCAAGCUCAAGGUACAAUUCCACCUUUCAACGAAUAUCUAAACGUCAACGCUCCUCUACAACUCGGCGGUUUGUACGUGGAACAAUUCGAUCCUACUCAUUAUCACUGGCAAUAUAUGCCAGUAGGAAAAUCAUUCGACGGUUGCAUCAGAAACCUCUUCCACAAUUCGAAAUUAUACGAUCUAGCUCAUCCUGGAUUAUCUAGACAUAGCGUGCCAGGUUGUCCGCAAACGGAAGAAGUUUGCGGUAGAUCAGAAACUACCGCUAGAUGUUGGGAACACGGUACUUGCGUCGGUAGUUUUAACGAAGCUAAAUGUCAUUGCCAUCCGGGAUACACCGGCCCCUCUUGUAUGUUAAAAACGACACCUACGUCCUUCAAACCGCAAUCUUACGUCAAAUACGCUCUGAGCUUCGAACCGGAUCGUUUCUCUACACAGAUGCAACUCAGAUUCCGUACUAGAGAAGAACACGGUGAAUUAUUUAGGAUAUCCGAUCAACACAAUCGAGAAUACGCCAUAUUAGAAAUCAAAGACGCUAGAUUAUACUUUAGGUAUAAUUUGAAUUCUUUAAGAACUGAAGAAAAAGACAUUUGGUUGAGUGCAGUUCCAGUUGAUGAUGGGCAAUGGCAUGUUGCCAGAGUAAGUAGAUACGGAUCAGCUGCUACAUUGGAUCUCGAUGGAGGUGAAGGGAGAAGAUACAACGAAACAUUCAGUUUCGUCGGUCAUCAAUGGCUGUUAGUCGAUAAGCAAGAAGGUGUGUACGCCGGUGGAAAAGCCGAAUAUACCGGCGUACGGACGUUCGAAGUUUAUGCAGAUUACCAAAAAGGUUGUUUGGAUGACAUUCGAUUAGAAGGUAAGCAUUUACCGUUACCUCCAGCGAUGAACGGAACGCAAUGGGGUCAAGCAACAAUGGCUAGGAAUCUGGAAAAAGAUUGUCCUUCUAAUAAACCUUGCGCAAAUGUUAUAUGUCCAGAUCCAUUCGAAUGCGUCGAUCUUUGGAACGACUAUGAAUGCACUUGUGGAGAGGGCCGGGUAAUGUCUUCGGAUGGUAAAGACUGCAUGGACAAGGACGAAUGCGUCGACUUACCUUGUCUAAAUGGUGGUACUUGUAUCAAUUUGGAACCAAGAUUCCGGUACCGUUGCAAUUGUCCAGACGGAUUCUGGGGCGAAAAUUGUGAAUUGAUCCAAGAGGGUCAAACCCUCAAACUCAGCAUGGGGGCGUUGGCGGCGAUUUUGGUCUGCCUACUCAUCAUAUUAAUUUUGGUAUUGGUGUUCGUCGUCUAUAAUAGAAGACGUGAAGCGCAUAUUAAAUACCCCGGUCCCGAUGACGACGUACGAGAGAAUAUUAUAAAUUACGAUGACGAAGGCGGCGGCGAAGACGACAUGACGGCUUUCGAUAUCACGCCUCUCCAAAUACCAAUUGGAGGACCCAUACCUGAAUUAGGACCACCAAAAAUUGGAUUUAUAAUGGGCGUCGGUCAAGAACCUAACGUAGGAAUCUUCAUUGAGGAACAUAAAAAACGAGCCGACAGUGACCCUAACGCUCCACCUUUUGACGACUUACGGAAUUACGCUUAUGAAGGAGGCGGUAGUACUGCUGGGUCUUUGAGUUCUUUGGCUUCAGGCACCGACGACGAAGCUCAAGAAUAUGACUACCUGGGCGCUUGGGGACCUCGUUUUGACAAAUUGGCAAACAUGUAUGGCCCGGGAGAAGAGACUGAACAGGAAGAAGAAUAAAUAUUAAGUCUAAAAGUGAAAUAAUAAUUAAAAAAACAUUCCUCCAUCUAAAAUAAAAAAGAAAUGCUUUCGCGCGACCUCCACAACGCGUGUUCAAUAAGACUGUUUUGCAGUUCUACUGCUGUUUAAAUAAUUCUAGACAAUUUAUAUAAAGAAGCACACCUGCGAAAUUACGUACUGCAUAAACUCCGUUGAGAUAAUUUUCCAAUUGUUGGUAUAAGCUCAUUUGAAUAUCAGUCUAUUUGCAAGAACGUUAAUGGCGAAAAAUAUUUUUAAAAAAGCAACAACGAAAUUGUAAAAUCUUCAUUAUGCUUUAGAUUCUAUAGGAAACGACUGAUAUGUGGAACUAAUUAUAAUGGAUCCAAAAAAAUUAUGACUUUUCUUGAUAAUCAAUAGAAAAGUUCUUUUCUUGAUCAUUGAUUGAUCGAAAUCGAAAUCGGAGUGGAAAACUAACCUCUCCAACAAUGAGAAGAAGAAAAUAUCAGUAAUUGAACAUCAGUUUGACAAUUAAUUUAAUUUUCUAUCUUAUAACAUAUGGCCAUCUAUUUGUUUGAUAUAAAACUAUUAUCAGUAAAAAUUCCAGUUUUCUACAACUGUCGAUAAAUAUUACAGAUUACUACUAACAAAUAUAAUUUAUAACAUAAUGCCAUCUACUGGAUUGAUAUACAAAUAUUAUCAAUGAAGAUUAUAGUUUUCUACAGCUGUCGAUAAAUAUUACAGAUUUCUACUACCAAAUAUAACUUAUAACAUAAUGCCAUCUACUGGAUUGAUAUACAAAUAUUACCAGUGAGAAUUACAGUUUUCUACUACAUAAAUAUUACAGAUUUCUACUAUUAAAUAUGGUAAACUUCAUCAAUAAAUAAUUAAUUCCAUAUAACUAUUUAAUUCUGCUGUUAACGUUCUUGCUAUUAUUAUGUACGUAGUUGUUGAAUAGUAAAAUAUUGUUAAUGAUUAUUGACUGAUAGCUCUGAAGGGUGAAAAAAUCUCAAUGGUUCAAUCUUCCAUUCCCGUAUAUUAUUCUUUAACCCACUGCCACUUUUUAAUGUUUGUCUCCUACCAAAAAUAUGUGUGUGUGUGUCGCGCGUCUUAUUUUAACAGUUUAUGCAGAACUUUUGCAAGAGAAUGCUACAACGUUGCAUGAUAAGUUUUAAUGUAACUAUGGCACGAAAUAAUAUAACGAGGACUUCAAUACAUUUCCACCAUAGUUUAAAAAAAUUGAUUUCCGAAAAACUCGUAGACGUAAUUUCUUUUACAAAUUAGGCAGAAUAAGAACUGGAUGUACAAUCAAUCGUUAAAUAAAAAUUUUACUUUCUCAAUGAUAUCAACAUGUCAAUUAAUAAAUUGAAGUUUCUAUUAAAUUUUCUGAUAUUAAUUUCACAAUAGCAUCAAUUGUUUUAAUCGUAAGAAUCUUGUUAAAUACUGAUCCAUUUGGCAUUGUUGCCAAUUCAAUAUGUUCUGAUGUGGAAAAGCUUUAAACUAUCUUUCAAGCAAUUAUAUGUGACAUUAAAAUAAGUAUGUAAAAAACAGAAAUGGCAAUAAAAAUAUAACAUAAAAAGUUCUUGAGAUUAAAACAUAAAUGUUUUGGUGUCUAAAUAAGUCUAAAUAAAUUGUGGGACUGUAUUGAAAAUACUUGAAUAAUUUUGUCCUGUCUUUGAGAGCCAGUAUUCCUACAAAAACUGUAGGAUCAGUCACUUUUAGGUCAAAUUACAGGUUUAGAUUAGAUUUAUCUGCGAAAAGUUGUGAAUGAGAUUCACUACAAGAAAUUUAGAAUAUGGUAAACACAAAAAUAAUGUAUUUCGAUAUAGGGAACUCGUGUGAUAUAUUUAAUCUCAAACACAUCAUUUUUAACCUGUGUUAUUAUUAGCGCUUAUAAUGCCUAUUUAUUGCCUGAAAAUUGUCACCAAACAGAUGAACGUUAACAAAAAAAAAAGUGACAUGAACAAAAUAUACCUCACGCUCAUUAACUAUAUAAAAUAAUUAAAGUUAACCAAAGAUACCAAAGAUGAAUGUACGAAAUAUUUCACAACAUUCAAAUCCCAUCUCUAGUCAAAUAUUCGAGUUGCAUUGUUUUUCCAUAAAAUGAAUUAGAAUAGAAGAAAUCGCGCAACGCUGCUUCGGCGUAGUAGACACAACAUUUAUGGACCAUGGCGUGCAAAAACAACGGAAUCAACAUCUUGUUUAGGAAUGAUUAGUGUUCGUUUUUUUUUAUGAAACCCUUUUGAUAUACGUGUGAGGUCAUAGACAUUUAUUCUAUCGUUUCUAUAGGAUAUUAUGUUGAGAUGAUACAUUUUUUUGCUAUUUUUAUUAUCUAUUUUUCUUGUAGUACUUGAUGAAUGUAUGCAAGCGUGCGUUUUAACUGUAUAUAGAGCAUCGACUCCACAUCGUUUUUAUAUAGCACUCGUAAUAUAUACAAUGUUGCCAUAAGUUUUAUUAUCGGACAUUUUGUAAUAAUUUAUUAAUGCUCACUAGAAGAAGAAAAAACUUAUGUUUUGGUAGUUAUGUAUAUAUAGUUCACCGGAAAGAAAGAGAUUGGAUGAAUGCGAAGAGAGCCAGUGCCAAUUAUAACCAAUAUAUGUAAUAAAAUUCUGAAUGCUGUGUAACAAUUAUAAUAUGUGUUUGCACUUGUGUAUUAUUUGACAUGUAUACUUAAUAUUCUUAUGACAUCGCACUAUAUUAUCCAAAAAAACAAAAAACAAACGUGAUCAUUUGUCUAUAAAGCCAUUCAUCGUUUUCAUGUUGGCAAAAUAUCAUCGUGGUACGACGAAAACAAUCGUAAAUUAUUUGAAAAUAACACAAUUAAAAAUUUCAAAAAUUACCGGCAAAUGAAAAGUAAUAUUAUAAUGUAAUAAAUAAAAAUUUAUUCACGUGAAUACUGUAUCUUAAUAUUCUAUAAUAAAUCUACUAAAUUGAGCUAACUCGCAAGCUAAUUCCUUCUAAAACUAAAUUAAUCGAAUUUGAAUCCUAUUACUUGAAAAUUAACACGCAUAUUAAUUAGAGGAUUGUGAGGAUGCUUGUAUAACCAAGAGAAUUUUUGGCCUUGGCUACAAUACAAAAAUAUUGUGUUUUGUGCAAUGUUAUUAAAAUAACUCUUGUGAUUCUGUAGUCAUUUCUCCACGUUGAUAUUUUGUUACCUCACAGUAACCAUCUAGAAAUUAGUUUUAACUUGGGUGAUUUUAUUUAUUAAUUUUAAAUAUUUAUAAGUUGUUUGUGUCCAUGAAUUUGUAGAAAUGUUUUGUCUCUUUUUUGUACAUGAAAGUUUUAUUUGAAAUUUUAUUGAAAUAAAAUUCUAUAGUAAAA